AUGUUCAUAACCACUGGUACUUCAACUUCAGUACAGACAGAAUACUCACAAAAUUCGAAUCCCGCCAUAAACGCAGACGCGUUCAGUUUUUUUCUGUGGUUAGGAUACUUGUCAAGCACAAUCAAUCCUCUGGUCUACACGGUGUUCAACAGACUAUUUCGAGAAACAUUCAGCAAGAUUCUUCGCUGCAAAGUUGACUGGGUGAGUGUUUGUGGCAUUAGAAGGAUGAUCAGCAGACACAAGUGCAUCGUCAAAGUGGACAGUUCAAUCGGCUUCAAACCUCCAGGAACAUUGGGUUACAUGGAAAAAGACAAAAUUGAAAAAGCCGAAGGCAUAUGUCUGAGGUCCUCAACCCGAUGCAAACAAGCUUCGUGA